UAUUUUCAAACAGGGGUUCUUUUCUUCUCUCUCUCUCUCUCUCUCCCCCCCUUUUAUCUCUCCAUCAAUGUCUACACAACCUACACCGAAACAAAAGCCUACAGUCACUUGCUCUCCCUCUUCUCACAGACUCACCAUCCCUGCUAACAGCCACCGCUGCUGACCAUUGCGACUCUCGUUACCGUCGGUCACCAUCGCGGCUCCACCCUCUCAACCAGAUUCAGAUAUGAGCUCCAAGUUGUGUUUAAUUCCACACUUUUGUUGCUCCAAGUGGUAAAUUCGAUCAUUGUGUUCAUUAUGGCUCAUGAUCUGUAUUAUGCUCCAUUGUUCCAUACAAUAAAUAAAAUGGAGAGUACGAUUCCGAUUCGAUUAUGGGAUAUAUUUAGAAGUUCUGUUAGAUGCCAGUCAGGCUCUUCGCCUCUCUCUCUCUCUGUACGCUGCUCUUCUGAGAUCUGUAGUUCGGUGGUUACACUGGCUCUGAAGAUAUACAUAAACACGCAAUCACAAGCCCCUGAUUAUUUCUCCUUCUGGUGAUCAAGCUCAAACUAUUGAAAUUAAGGUGUUGUGAUUGGAGAAAAGAAAGAGAGAAGAUGAUUGAGAGCAAGAGGUUUCAGCUCAGGACCAUUGGCGCACUGAGUCUAUCAGUGGUGUCGUCAAUUUCAAUUGUGAUCUGCAAUAAGGCCCUUAUUACCACAUUAGGUUUUAAUUUUGACUUUGAUGAUUCAUUCUUGCAUAGAAGUCAUUUUGUUACCCCUCCACUUCUAAAGGAAUUGCAAAGGAAUAUGGAUUUUGUCUAAUUGUCAGUUUUCAAAUGAUUCCUUAAUACAUGAAAAGGUGAACAUGUUUACAGCAUGAACAAGGUGCUGAGUGAUGGGCUCAACAAUUUGGACAGUCUCUGCCAUUUUUGAGUUGGGUUCCAGUGAUAAAUGGUAUGUUGCUAAGGGAAAGGGGAUAUUGCAACAUCAUCAGCUGAUUGAUGAGUUUGAGAAUGUUGUUGGAGAAAAUGGAGUCAUGCAAGAGCUCAAAGAGAGUCCUUUUAGCCAAAUUUUGAAGUUUGCACAGGAAGCUAUAGUUCUACCCCCAUUUGUGGUAAUAGCAAUUCGCCCAAGACCUAGUGUUUGGGAAUAUGUUCGUGUCAAUGUGUAUGAAUUGAGUGUGGAACAAUUAAGUGUUCCAGAAUAUCUUCGCUUCAAAGAAGAACUUGUGGAUGGAGAGUACAAUGAAAAUUUUGUGCUGGAACGUGAUUUUAAGCCAUUCAAUGCAACAUUUUCUAGACCAACUCGGUCAUCUUCCAUUGGCAAUGGGGUUCAAUUUCUCAAUCGUCACCUGUCUUCAAUCAUGUUCCAUAAUAAAGAAAGUUUGGAACCUUUGCUUCAUUUUCUUCGCACCCACAAACAUAAUGGUCUUAUGGUUUUGUUGCGUGGACUUGUGGAUAAUCCAUAUUGGUGUAUAGAGAAGAGGCUUUGA